AUGGAGCUUCUUGUAAAUGUAAGAAAAUGGAUAGAAGAAAACAAAACUGCCUUUUUACCACCUGUUUGCAAUAAGCUUAUGCAUCGCUAUCAGUUAAAUGUGAUGUUUGUUGGUGGGCCAAAUGAAAGGAAGGAUUAUCAUAUUGAAGAAGGAGAAGAGUUGUUUUACCAGGUUCAAGGAGAUAUGUGUUUGAAGAUAAUUGAAAAUGGGAGACAAAAAGACGUUGUCAUCCGAGAAGGGGAGAUGUUCCUGCUACCUGCCAGGAUACCUCAUUCUCCUCAGAGAUAUGAAAAUACUGUGGGUCUUGUGGUUGAGAGGGAAAGAUUAAAAACAGAAAUUGAUGGGCUAAGAUACUAUGUUGGCGAAUCAACUAAUGUCCUCUUUGAAAAAUGGUUUCAUUGUGAAGAUCUCGGCACUCAACUUAUACCAAUAAUUCAAGAGUUUUUCAAUUCAAGGCAAUAUAAAACUGGAAAACCAAACCCAGAUGAACUCCUGAAAGAAACACCUUUCCCACUGAAUUCCACUUCUGUUAUGGAGCCAUUUUCCUUCUCAAGCUGGUUAAAUGAUCAUUCUGAUGAAAUUAAACAGAAGAAAUUCUUGAGUAUGUUUGGAGAUAAUUUUGAAACAGAGGUUAUAGCUUAUGGACCAGGAACAACUGAGAAAAGUAAAAGGAAUUCAGAUAUCUGGAUAUGGCAGCUGGAGGGCACAUCCACUGUUGCCAUGGAUGGCAAAACCCUGACUCUCUCUGCUGGUGACAGCCUUCUUGUCCGUGCCCAGUCUACGUACUGCUGGAAAAGAGCAGAAGAAUGUGUUGCUCUGUGCAUCGCUCAGGAUCCAAAACGCAAGCAGCCUUAUAAAUAA